AUGGGGGAAAAAGCCGAAGAAGCCGCGAGAAAAGCCGAGGAUCUGGCAGUCAACACGUGGCAGCACUUAAAAACAAGUCCGAGUUUUGGUGAGGCAGCCAUGGGAAGAAUUGCUCGAGGAACAAAGGUUUUAGCAGAAGAUGGGUACGAGAAGAUAUUCAGGCAAACUUUUGCGACGGUUCCGGAAGAGCAACUCGGAAAUUCAUUUCCAUGUUACUUUUCCACAUCAGCUGGCCCUGUCAUGGGAGUUCUAUAUGUUUCUACAUCAAAGCUUGCAUAUUGCAGUGACACUCCUCUUUCCUAUGAAAAUGGUACCCAAACUGAAUGGAGCUACUAUUUGGUAUACCUGCAUUACACUUGA